GCAGCUGCCCCGCCCCGGGGGAGGGCGGACGGGCCGGCCCCGGACCGGCAGGAAGCGGAAAGUGCCGCCUUGACCUUCCUCCUCCUUCUGUCUCUCCUCCUCCUCCUCCUUCUGUUCCUCCAGCCCUGCGGCCGCCGGGCACGGAGCAUGGCGGUGCGGCGGCUCCUGCGGGCAGCAGCCCCGCGGCUCUACAGCACCGUCCCGGCCCCGGCGGCAGCGGCCCGGCCCCGCGCUGUGGAUGACAAGCUGCUGACCGAGCCUCUCAGCCACCCCGACUUCUUCAACGUGAAGGAGCUCUUCUCCCUGAAAGAUCUCUUUGAUGCUCGCGUGCACCUGGGGCACAAAAAGGGAUGUCGGCAUAGGUUCAUGGAGCCCUACAUCUUUGGCUGCCGCCUGGAUCAGGACAUCAUCGACCUGGAUCAAACAAUGCAGCAUCUCCAGCUGGCCCUCAACUUCACCGCCCACGUCGCCUACCGCAAGGGCAUCAUCCUCUUCAUCAGCCGCAAGCGCCAGUUCUGCCACCUGGUCGAGACCACAGCGCGGGAGUGCGGGGAGUACGCCCACACCCGCUACUGGCAGGGCGGCCUGCUCACCAAUGCACACAUCCAGUUCGGCUCCGGCGUCCGCCUGCCUGACCUCAUCAUCUUCCUCAGCAGCCUCAACAACGUCUUCGAGCCCCACGUGGCCAUCCGGGAUGCUGCCAAGAUGAACAUCCCCACGGUGGGGGUGGUGGACACGAACUGCAACCCCUGCUUGAUCACCUACCCCAUCCCUGGGAACGACGACAGCCCCAGUGCCAUGGAGCUCUACUGCAAGCUCUUCAGGAUGACCAUCAUCCGCGCCAAGGACCAGAGGAAGCAGAACGAGGUCUUUGAUGAGCUGCGGAGCAAAGCAGAGGGCAGUUAGGGCCCUGGGGACAGGCCGUGCUGCAGGACUGGCCCAGCACCCGCAGCACCUGCUUUGGGCAGAGCUGGGCUGGUUGUGGAAGGGACCCCCCAACUCUGCCGUUCUGCUGAGAUCCCGUGAUGGUCACAGCUGCUCUGGGUCUCUGACGCCAACAAAAUUGUCUGGAGCGAUGCAAAGGGAGAUGGAACCAGGGCAGACCCAGCUCCUGUUCUUGUGUUUGUCCCUGUUGCAAGGAGGAGCCUCUGUCGUGUGGCCUUCCUGUUCCUGAGCUUGUGAUCUCACUUGAAAGCGCUUGUAUCUCAUGCCUUUUCCUAACACAACAAAUAAAGGCCCCUGUGAUCCUU